AUGGCGGCUCCAGCACCGGCCACAAGUCUCCCUCAGCGUCUUGUGAACUUCUUUGCCCGGUAUCCCCCUCAAUUGCACUCCGCUGCUGUCCGCCGUCCAGCACCUCGCCCAAAGGAUGCGAUCGUUCCCCAAACACCGCUCCCAUCACCAUACACCUCUGAUCGCGAUGCCAAGGGUGCUCAGGCGCUGAAGCCAACUGAUUGGAGCUCUGCACAGGCACUUCUUGUGACCAGCGACAAACUUCGCAACCCUUUCCUUCCCCACAAGCGAUUUGGAAAAUGGGAGAGCCCAAGAUACGGAUUGCGGCAGCAAGCGGACUUGAUGAAAUUAGCCAUCAAAUAUAAUGUGGAGAAGCUCCUUCCUCCCAGCCGCAAAUCACCCGAGUUCAAGGAGAAACGUCGUCAGGAGCGUGGAUUGCAGAUCAAGGGAACUGGUAUUGGCCAGAAGGUCAAGGGUCACAAGUGGGAGCGUACAAUGGAGUCCCGUCUCGAGGAUCGUCGCAAGGCCAUGGAGGGAAUGCCGGAAAUGGUCCGCGCGUGGAAGCAGGUCAUGGUCGUGGAUGGAAACAAUGGCCCAAGCGGUAAUGGCAAAGCCUCAGCAGAAUAUGUUGGAGGAUUUUCCUAUUAUUUCUUCGGACGGGGUUGUUCAUUCCGGCUAUCCAACGCCAUAAUGACUCCUGUUCGAAUUGCAUCCCCCGUCGACAUUACUACUUGUACGAGCCACACUCGGAGCUUGGGAUGGAGUUCUUAUUUUUUUCCUUUCUUUCAAAGUAUACUACCAACACCUUAUGUACAAUACAAUCUGCGGUCACAUACCCCAAUCCCAGCCCCGGUGCCAAUGGAUUGCACACCCUAUCUAGCUCUUGCUCUUCAGAGCGAGCAGCCCAGUCGAAGAAGGCCCAAGCUUCACAGUCCUCGAUCAUUGGGUCGCUCGCCUGAGCAGUCGGCGGUGUAG